GGCGGGGAGAAUCAAGGCCUGCUUGAUACGUCCGCCAUUUUGGGCGCUUCGCUGAUGGUGUCGGUGAGCGCGUUUCCCGCCUGAGCGCGACUAGCGGCGGGUCGUGGGCACCUUCCAGGAAGCUUUCUGUUUCAUACAGUAUCCUGCCUUGUUCCUGAUAAUCUGCCAAUGCAGUAAAUUGGAAGACAAGUGUCACCAGGAUAACCUGUAAUGGGCAAGGAGCCACAGAGAGAAAAUAUUUCUUUUAAUUUUUAACCUUGGUUUGAAAGAGCAGCAUGUUUUGGAAAUUUGAUCUUCACUCAUCAUCCCACAUAGACACACUGCUAGAGAGAGAAGAUGUAACACUGAAGGAGUUGAUGGAUGAGGAAGACGUUUUACAGGAGUGCAAGGCUCAGAACCGCAAGCUUAUAGAGUUUCUAAUAAAAGCAGAAUGUCUCGAAGAUUUAGUAUCAUUCAUUAUAGAAGAACCUCCUCAAGACAUGGAUGAAAAGAUCAGAUACAAGUACCCAAAUAUAUCUUGUGAGUUGCUUACUUCUGAUGUCUCCCAGAUGAAUGAUAGACUGGGGGAAGAUGAAUCCCUGCUAAUGAAAUUAUAUAGCUUCCUCCUAAAUGAUUCCCCUUUGAACCCACUACUUGCCAGUUUCUUCAGCAAGGUGCUAAGUAUUCUUAUCAGCAGAAAACCAGAACAGAUUGUGGAUUUCUUAAAGAAGAAGCGUGAUUUUGUAGAUCUUAUUAUAAAGCAUAUAGGAACUUCUGCUAUCAUGGAUUUGUUGCUCAGGCUCCUGACAUGUAUUGAGCCUCCACAGCCCAGGCAAGAUGUGCUGAAUUGGUUAAAUGAGGAGAAAAUCAUCCAGAGGCUUGUGGAAAUAGUUCAUCCAUCGCAAGAAGAAGAUAGACAUUCAAAUGCCUCACAGUCACUUUGUGAAAUUGUUCGCCUGAGCAGAGACCAGAUGUUACAAGUUCAGAACAGUACAGAACCAGACCCCCUGCUUGCCACUCUAGAGAAACAAGAAAUUAUAGAGCAGCUUCUGUCAAACAUUUUCCACAAGGAGAAAAAUGAAUCAGCCAUAGUCAGUGCAAUCCAGAUUUUGCUGACUUUACUUGAGACACGUCGAUCAACAUUUGAAAGCCAUGUAGAGAUUUGCCCACCAGGCAUGAGUCAUUCAGCUUGUUCAGUUAACAAGAGUGUUCUAGAAGCCAUCAGAGGAAGACUUGCAUCUUUUCAUGAACUCCUACUUGAGCCACCCAAGAAAAGUGUGAUGAAGACUACAUGGGGUGUACUGGAUCCUCCUGUGGGGAACACUCGAUUGAAUGUGAUUCGGUUGAUAUCCAGCCUGCUUCAAACCAAUACCAGUAGUAUAAAUGGGGACCUGAUGGAGUUGAACAGCAUUGGAGUCAUAUUGGACAUGUUCUUCAAAUAUACAUGGAAUAACUUUUUGCAUACCCAAGUAGAAAUUUGUAUUGCACUGAUUCUUGCCAGUCCUUUUGAGAAUACAGAAAAUGGUACCAUUACUGAUCAGGACUCUGCUGCUGACAAUUUGUUACUGAAACACCUCUUUCAAAAAUGUCAAUUAAUAGAACGAAUACUUGAAGCCUGGGAAAUGAAUGAGAAGAAACAGGCUGAGGGAGGACGACGGCAUGGUUACAUGGGGCACCUCACCAGGAUAGCUAACUGUAUUGUGCACAGCACUGACAAGGGCCCCAGCAGUGCUCUAGUGCAGCGACUUAUCAAAGAUCUUCCCGACGAAGUCAGGGAGCGAUGGGAGACGUUCUGCACGAGCUCUUUAGGAGAAACGAACAAGAGGAACACGGUAGAUCUAGUUACAACCUGCCAUAUUCAUUCAUCCAGUGAUGAUGAAAUUGACUUUAAAGACACGGGUUUCUCACAGGAUUCCUCUUUGCAGCAAGCCUUUUCUGAUUAUCAGAUGCAACAAAUGACGUCCAAUUUUAUUGACCAGUUCGGCUUCAACGAUGAGAAGUUUGCGGAUCAAGAUGACAUUGGCAAUGUUUCGUUUGAUCGGGUGUCAGAUAUCAACUUUACUCUCAAUACAAAUGAAAGUGGAAACAUUGCCCUGUUUGAAGCCUGUUGCAAGGAAAGAAUACAGCAGUUUGAUGAUGGUGGCUCUGAUGAGGAGGAUAUCUGGGAGGAAAAGCACAUUGCCUUUGCACCAGAAUCCCAGAGAAGAUCCAGUUCUGGCAGUACAGACAGUGAAGAAAGCACAGAUUCUGAAGAAGAAGAUGGAGCCAAACAAGACUUGUUUGAAUCCAGUAGUGCCAAUACAGAGGAUAAAAUGGAGGUGGAUCUAAAUGAACCACCCACCUGGUCAGCCAACUUUGACGUCCCAAUGGAGACCACCCAUGGCACACCAUUAGAUUCGGUGGGGUCUGAUGUCUGGAGCACAGAGGAGCCAAUGCCAACGAAAGAGACAGGCUGGGCUUCCUUUUCAGAGUUCACCUCCUCCCUGAGCACAAAAGAUUCUUUAAGGAGUAAUUCUCCAGUGGAAAUGGAAACCAACACGGAGCCUGUGGACCCCUUGACUCCCAGCGCAGCUGCUCUGGCUGUACAGCCAGAGGCACCAGGCAGUGUGGCCAUGGAAGCCAGCUCAGAUGGGGAGGAGGACACGGAAAGUACUGACAAGGUAACUGAAACCGUGAUGAAUGGCGGCAUGAAGGAAACGCUCAGCCUCACCGUUGAUGCCAAGACAGAGACUGCUGUCUUCAAAAGAGUGUUGAAAUCCUACCGUGAGGAAGGAAAACUGUCUACCUCCCAAGAUGCUGUUUGUAAAGAUGCGGAAGAGAGCCCUGAGCCAGCAGAGGCCAAGUGCACAGCCCCACGGCCCCCCAGCAGCAGUCCUGAGCAGAGGACUGACCAGGCAAGCGCCCCAGGUGACACGUCAGUUAACGGCCCUGUAUGAUGAGUGAGUCUGCUGCUGCUGACAGGGGACGCAGACCGCCACCACCAGGGCUACCAAGCCACCACUGCUGCACUCAUUCUGCAGGGGAUCAGGACCAGCAACCUUUCUAUUCUAGACUCUUAAGACAUUGUACAGAGAGACUCAGACGUGUAAAAAUAUUGCACAUUGACAAAUACCAAGAAUUUUUGCGUAUGUUUAUAUUGUAUUGAUCUCUAAAUAAUGGGUAGCCUGUGAAAUAAGAUCUUGCCGCCCACCCAUGUAAUAAUAGUAGUAAUACUAUACUUAAAAAGGCUGUAAGAAUAGUUUUAUAAGAGUGAAUACACAGAUCUGUUGUAUUUGAAACAUAACUAUUGGACAGUUAUUAGUGUGACCAAAGCAUUGGGCAGUUUUCAUACAUUUUUCACCUUGUACAAAAUUCUGAAUUCAUUUUUCCUCCAGGUUGGCAAGGAGCUGUAGAUUGAGAUGUCCUCCAAGUGUUAUUUUGGUUGUUCUAACUUACAAAAGUGAUUCUGAAUAAGGAAUAUUUGGUGUUUUUUUUAUAACCAGCUUUUGAUUGGUAAUUGUUUUCUGUAUUGUUUAAAAAGGAUCAAAAAAUGUAAGUGUAUUGGUAGUUAAGUAUUUAUUACUGCAGCUUAGUUGAUAACUCGAUGUGAUUGUAAGGCCAUAUGUUCUGUUAAAGUCUUGUUUGCUUGAAAUGAUUCCUACAGGCGAAACACUAGAAUAUUGGAGUGGACAUGGCUGUGCUUUGGGCGUCUAGGGGUUUGUUUUUAUUUUUGUUUUGUUUUGUUUUGGUAGUUCAUCUGCCUUUUUAACCCAUUCACCAAAAUCUUCCUUGUUAACAAGCAUCGCCAAUGACUGUCUCAGAGCAAUCUGGUAAUGACAUCUUGAAUCCCAUGAGGGAGUUAGCUGAAAAUGCUCGUGCUGCGAAGGGAAGUAGAGCACGUUCAUUUACAGGCUAGUAUUUUAAAGUAGAACUUGGACUCCAGCACCUCAGCAUGUUACUUGUUUUACUGUACCUUGUGAGGCUUCACUCGUAAAUUCUAAACCAGUGUAUUUUUUUAGAACUGGUUGUGUAUAUAUAUAUAGUGAUUAUGGAUACUAAUUCAAUGUAAUUUAUAAUUUUCUAUGUCAGUAUAAAAAUACAUCACAGCCUUCUCCUACAGCCGAAGCAAUAUAGUGUAUAUUGCCACACCGUCUGGUGAAAGGUCAGUCACUUCACCUUUGCACUUUUAGAUGCAAAUCAGUUUUUCAUUUCUGUAAUAGAAAAUUACCCACAUAUUUUUACAUCAUUUGUUUUUCCUGACCAGUAUUUAAAACCAAAAGGAUAUUCUGAAAAAUGGCCAACGAAUUUUCUAGAACCAGCAUCCCAAGCAGCGUGCCUAAACAUGACAUUGCAUAUGGAAAUAAAAGAAUCAAAUGUCUAAUGCCUUACUCCUUAUUUGCUGCUCACUUAACAUAGCAUAGAGACUCCCAAGGCUGCCACUGCAACCUAGCUCACCAAGCUCAGUGGGGCAGCAGGAAGCCCUUGGACUGGUAGCAAGGGACUCGAUGGCCUGUGCACACCUGCUCAGCACCCACAGUCGGAGCGCCUCUCAGGAGAGACCAUGUUCUUCUGAAACCUGGUGCCACUGGAGGACAGGGUUCCUUCCACUCGUCUCAAGGAUGGCUAACUGUGUGGCCAGGGGCCUCAUAUUGCUGGAGGAUGACAUGCUCCUAUCUUGCCUGAUAGUGAGCCUAAAUGGCCACAGCCAGGGCUUGGCUCUGUGGCAGCCCACACUGCUGCCAUACUUUGGAUUUGGCCAGCUUCUCCAUCCCAUCUAAGGUGAAGCAUGUCCUUCUCUAUCCCAUUGUCUGCUGAGAGUGGGCAUUUGGGGUUAUCUUGAGGUAGGACUUGUUCAUCUUAAAUGGCCGGGAAAGGCUGAGGGUGGGAAGGACAAGAUCUGUCAGAUUGGAGGGGACCAGCCAGAGCCCUGCGGCGACUUCAUGUUCCUUUCCACUUUCAUUUCUGUGUAUUGGUCAUCUGAAUCACAAGACUUAACAUGACUACAGCACAAUGCCAGUAUUAAAAACAGCGAAAAUAAA